AUGACUGUCAACGUGUACUCUGUCCCAGUUUUCUUUAUUGUCUUUCGAGAGACACUUGAAGUUUCCAUCAUCGUCGCAGUCCUUCUUGCCUUCUUAAAACAGACUCUCAACGGCCCAAACCGUGAUGUCGCCGUAUACAGAAGACUGGUCCGACAAGUCUGGAUGGGCGUAGCCAUUGGGGUACUAAUUAGUCUGAUAAUCGCCGGUGCCUUCAUCGGCGUUUUCUACAAACUCGGCAGGAAUCAUUGGGCGCCCACCGAGUACUUCUGGGAAGGCUCCUUCGCCCUCCUCGCAUCCAUCAUCAUCACCAUAAUGGGCGCUGCUCUGCUCCGUAUCUCCAAGAUGCAGGAGAAGUGGCGGGUCAAGCUUGCAAAGGCCAUGGAGGCAAAGGCCGUGACAGGCGGGAGCUCAGGGGGCAGGUUCAAGCGAUGGUGCGAGAAGUAUGCUAUGUUUAUUCUUCCUCUGGUCACGGUUCUCCGCGAAGGUAUCGAGGCUGUUGUCUUUAUUGCUGGUGUGUCAUUCUCUGCCUCACCGACGUCGAUACCACUCCCUGUCGUUAUAGGGACCGUUGCUGGUAGUAUUAUCGGCUAUAUUAUCUACAAGGGCGGUGCAUCUGCAAAGCUCCAAUACUUCUUGGUCAUAUCAACUUGCCUCCUAUACCUCGUCGGUGCUGGCUUGUUCUCAAAAGCAGUUUGGUAUUUCGAGGCCCAGAAAUGGAAUAACGAGGUCGGAGGGGACGCUGCAGAAGUGGGCGUGGGUGCGGGCUCGUACGAUAUCACGAAGAGCGUAUGGCAUUUAAACGUAAGCAGCCCUUAUAUCAAGGGUGGCGGUGGCUGGGGUAUUUUCAACGGCAUUCUGGGGUGGCAGAAUUCAGCUACAUAUGGAUCGGUCAUCUCAUACAACAUCUACUGGAUCUUUAUCAUCGGUCUCUUCCUGUCGAUGAGGUAUAACGAGGUGAAGGGUCAUUGGCCAAUGAUGGGCGGUAAGAAGGUCGCUGGCGAGACCCGGCCUCAAGACGUCGUAAUCAACAUCACGGCUUCUGACAGUACUGGAAGUGAUAUUGCAGACCACGAAACUAGAGCGAAGACUGUGGCAAAGGUUUGCACCAUUGAUCUGUGA